GUGUGCAGACAGUGGCUGAAUCAGGUUCACAAAGAGAGAGACUAUAUGGGCCUGUGCUGAUGCACUAUGUUAUGUCUGAUAGACUGACGUUUCAUUGUGCUGAACUCAGGGAAAGAGAGAGCAACGUACUGUGAGACAAUACAGCUACGGAGAACACCGCGGAUUUGGACGGUCAGAACUGAGGUGCUUUUUGGAGAUCCAAAAAGGUCUGCAUGGGUACUGAGAACACAUCAGGGCUCCUACCAACCUCUCUACUUCCUAAAGGCCCAUUUCCCUACCGGGUUCCACCCAAACCCCAGCCCAGAAGGGAUCGAUGGCACUGGGCCACAGACACUGUAACUGUCCUGAACAGGAACACCUGUACAGGUGAAGCAGGGGACCAUGGUCAGGAGAAGGGACAACUGACCAGGAACAAGUCCAUACCACCUCUCAUCAAUAGCCAGGGGGACUCUAUUUCGUCUGAAGUUAUGACCUCUGGCUCUUCCAGGAUACAAUCUACAUCUUCAACGACACCAGCAGAGGAACAGUGGGCUUCCAUCGGAUUCACACCUGUUCCAAAGCCUCGUCUCAGUGACGGACCAACACCUGCAGAGGCACAAUGGACUUCCAUUGGAUUCACACCUGUUCCAAAGCCUCGUCUCAGAGUCGGACCAACACCUGCAGAGGCACAAUGGACUUCCAUUGGAUUCACACCUGUUCCAAAGCCUCGUCUCAGAGUCGGACCAACACUUAACCCACACAGCAGAGACUCAGGUCUGGCAGCAGGACAUAUGGAGAAGCCCUUAUGCUUACGUACCAACCCCGUCCAAAGACUUCCUCCCCCUAACAAGCCCCUCCCAACUUUAAAAAGAAACACUAUUGUUCAGAGAGUGGUCCACAUGAACACUGAGAACAGAAGCAGUGGAUCCAUGGUUGUCGUUGACACUGAGGGCUCAGGAGUGGAUUUGCAUUAUACACAGCUUCCAAGAGGCAGCCGGGAGAGGCUGAACACCGCUGUGACAGACAAGCUGAAAGCAAACUGCAGAGAGAAAAACGGUUUAUUAGAAACCUUGUGGCAGGAACGCAAACUGGUGCAAGAGAGCGGAAUACUGCCGUACCUCAACAAGCAAGAGCUGCUGCUACAGGAGAGUAUGUAUGAGGUGGUGACGACAGAGCAGUCCUACCUGGAGAGGCUGGGUGUCGCUGUGAACCAUUUCAUGAAGUCAUCUACCCUGCGUCUAGCCCUGUCACCCAGAGACCACAAGUCCCUUUUCUCUAGUAUUGCCAAGAUCAGGGAGAUUAGCCAGAACUUUCUAGACGUAAUGAGGGAGGAGCUAGAGUCUAACCUGCUAUGUGACAUGUUGUGUGAUGUCAUCCAUCGCCACACCAGCAGCCACUUCGGGGCCUAUGUGGGCUACAUCCGUAACAUGCCUUACCAGGAACAGACCAUGCACAACCUGGGGAGGGAGAACCCCCAGAUCAUGGAAAUAUUAAGGGAGCUACAAGACGACCAACGCUGUUAUCGUCUGCCCCUGAAGUCCUUCCUGGUCCUUCCCUUUCAGAGGAUCACACGACUCAAGAUCCUCAUAGAGAACAUUUUGAAGAGUACAGAGCGGGGGUCAGAGAGGCAGAUGUCUGCAGAGAAAGCACUGAGAGCACUCAUAAAGGUAGUUGAGGCCUGCAAUAGGGAGGUGGGGAGGAUGAAGAUGAUGGAGGAAAUCGUUCACAUCGCCAACAAAACUGAGUUUGAAUGCAAGGCCCUGCCCCUGGUGUCUUCCUCUCGCUGGCUUGUCAGACAGGGGCAACUAGCUCAGCUGUCAGAGAAAGAAAACAUCUUUGGUCACCGGAAACUCUGUCACAUCUACCUUUUCCUCUUCAAUGACCUACUGCUGGUGACCACUAGGAAAGGCAUGGAUCGGUUUGUGGUGCGGGAUCAUGUCCACCGUUCCCUGAUAGAGGUGAGUGAAGGACUGGAGGAGAAGGAGGAUUUGGUGUGUGCUUCAUGGGAGAGGAUGUUCUGCCUUGCUCUGCUGAAGAACCAGAGGGGAACAACAUCUCAGUUCCUGCUGCAGGCCUCCACACAUGCAGAGAAGAUAACCUGGAUGGAGGUGUUGAGUCAUCGAGUGGACGGGAUGGAAGGAAUCUAUGAAGAAUGGGACUGUCCUCAGGUACGAUGCACUGAGGUCUACGUAGCACAGCAGCCAGGGGAACUGAGUGUACAGUUGGGUGAUACCAUCAACGUCAUACAGAAAACUGCUGAUGGUUUCCUAGAGGGCAGGAGACUUGUGGACGGUGAGCGGGGCUGGUUCCCGGAUUACUGUGCGGUGCAGGUCACCAAUGAGUACGUCCAGAGAAAACACCUCAGGCAGCGCUACCAUGUUUUACAGACUGCCAACCGCAUCCUGAACAGACGGCACACUGUUCCCCAGGCAACUGCCUGCUUCAGAUAGAAAGGUCUUUCUGAACGAGGUCUGCAUCGCAAAUGGCACCCUAUCUAUCCCUUAUAUCAGGGCGUUCACAAUAAUUAGACGGUUGAUAAACUGAAUUAGGUUAGUUUCAAAUGGGGUUGGAGUGAAAACCCACAGGAGGGUAGCUCUCCAGGAACAGGGUUUGAGAGCCCUGGUGUAAACCUACAGGAGGGUAGAUCUCCAGGAACAGGGUUUGAGAGCCCUGGUGUAAACCUACAGGAGGGUAGCUCUCCAGGAACAGGGUUCGGGAGCCCUGCAUGAUGCACUUCUUCUGAUCAGGGCCAAUAGGGCUCUGGUCAAAAGUAGUGCACUAUAUAGGGAAAAGGUUGCCAUUUGGGAUGCAGAGGAGAUAUAACCAGUCACACUCUUGAUGUAUUUCAGUCAGUUGAUAAUGUUCAGCUUUUAAUUUACUCUGAACCUGAGUGUUUAUUCUUACUAUGUUUCUUAUUCUGUUUAUACACAUUUUAUUUCAUUGAAAUGACAUAUGACAGAAUAUCAUUAUAACUUACUGCAAUUUAAUUCUUUAUGAAAAUAAACUACAACGUAUGAAAUUGA